AGGGGCGAGGGGGCGUAGCGCGCGCUACCAGACGCGGCAGUAUUAAACGGCUGCAGGCGCGGCUACCUGUUAGAGGCUUCCUUCGUCUCAGGCGUUCUUAGUCGUGUUCCGCCUCUCGCUCUCAACCUCUGAAGCCUAAGCCGGCUACACCUUCCUCACUCCUUCUACCUGUAGCCGUGUCAUUGCGACUCCGCCACCAUGUUCGAGGCGCGCCUGGUCCAGGGCUCCAUCUUGAAGAAAGUGCUGGAGGCGCUUAAGGAUCUCAUCAACGAGGCCUGCUGGGACAUCAGCUCAAGUGGCGUGAACCUGCAGAGCAUGGACUCGUCUCAUGUCUCCUUGGUGCAGCUAACCCUUCGCUCCGAGGGCUUCGACACUUACCGCUGCGACCGCAACUUGGCCAUGGGCGUGAACCUCACCAGCAUGUCCAAAAUACUAAAAUGUGCUGGCAAUGAAGACAUCAUUACCUUAAGGGCUGAAGAUAACGCGGACACCUUGGCACUAGUAUUUGAAGCUCCAAAUCAGGAAAAGGUUUCGGACUAUGAAAUGAAGUUAAUGGAUUUAGAUGUUGAACAGCUUGGAAUUCCAGAACAAGAGUAUAGCUGUGUAGUAAAGAUGCCUUCUGGUGAAUUUGCACGUAUAUGCCGAGAUCUCAGUCACAUUGGAGAUGCUGUUGUAAUUUCCUGUGCAAAAGAUGGAGUGAAAUUUUCUGCAAGUGGAGAACUUGGAAAUGGAAAUAUUAAGUUGUCACAGACAAGUAAUGUUGAUAAAGAGGAGGAAGCUGUUACCAUAGAGAUGAAUGAACCAGUUCAGCUAACUUUUGCACUGAGGUACCUGAACUUCUUUACAAAAGCCACUCCACUGUCUCCUACAGUAACACUCAGUAUGUCUGCAGAUGUACCCCUUGUUGUAGAGUAUAAAAUUGCUGAUAUGGGACAUUUAAAGUACUAUUUGGCUCCCAAGAUCGAGGAUGAAGAAGGAUCUUAGACAUUCUUAAAAUUCAAAGAAAUAAAACUAAGCUCUUUGAGAACUGCUUCUGAGAUGCCAGCACACACUUAAGUCUUUUUUGUCUUUGUACCUCUGAGUACAUAUGUAGAUAAUGUUUUCUGUAAAUAACUUUUUUUUUCUCCAUUCUCUACAACUUGUUUAAAGAAAAGUGCAAAGUCAAAUCUGGUCUUGUUAACUGAGUAAUACUUCUGCCUUACCUAGGAAUAAUCCUUAUAGUUUUUAUAAACAAAAGAGUUUUGACUCUAAUAAAUGUGUUUUAAGUAUCAUUUUCAAUUUAAAUAAAAGUCAUUUGAAUUUAA